AUGCCUCACUUGCAAAACAGCGCUUUCCUCUCGUCGGAUUCGUCGGAUGCCGAGAACGAGGAUUUCGAGCAAAUCGCAAAUCCUCGUCCAGUGCCCGUGUUGACCGCUCUCUCGCCACCGAUGCAUCAACAAAUGUCCAACUCUUCAUCGGCGAUUCCUCAACAAUUUGACGCUACACCGCAAGCAAACGAUUCUGCCUGUCAAACGAUGUCCUGCCAAUGGUUUCCUGCCGGGAUUCCAACUGCAUCUACUCCAAAUUUGCUGGAUGAUGAAGUCAGUGCAACGGAGUCGGCUCCUUUCGAUCAAACACGCCAAUUCAACCCUUCUCAACAGCCACUGCAUUUCAAUGAUCGCGAUGCAGAUGUGAAAAAGAAAAUCGCGCUUUUCAACCUCCUAGAACCAUUUGGCGAUGAUCAGAUGAAAGAACAAGCCGAUCGGAAUGCUUUUCUACAAGUUCUAUAUGCGAUCAACGCCGGAAGUCUGGCCGGAAAUAUUCGCGAGAUCAAACGAGAAGGACGAUUUGAACAAAAUGGAAGACCUCGUCGUGUAAUUGUGACAUUCACCGAUGAAAAUGUGCAACAAAACGUUGUCGAAUGUGCGCGGCAACUCUCAAAGAUUCGUCAACUGAAACAUCUAACGCUUUAUGCCUACAAAUCACCGAUGGCACAACGAUUCAAACCACUUCCGAAACAACAAACGAAACGUCAAAACAAGAAAGCGCGGCCGACGAGAGCGAAGGGGAAUCGCGGUGCCACUUCUCGGAAGAGUCCCGAUCAAAAGUUCGAGCAAAGAGGCAAGAAAGAAUUACGACCUCAACGUCCACCGCCAUCUGAUUCGCCUCAACUUCCACAAAACAGCCACGCUUGGAGCUUGUACGGGAGUACGACAAAUCCUUCGAAUGGU